AUGACACCAUCAGCAGCUAAAAUGCACUACAAUUUUAACAUGCCUUUUCAAAAAUUGACAAUAUAUUUUAAGGAAUGGCUAAGUGGAAUGAAAGAUCGGAACCGUAAUGGAAAAGCAUUGGUGGUGGAUAAGAGCAAAUACCAUGGCUUUAAAUCUUUCCUAAUUCGCUACGAAGAAAUGCAAGCAAUUUUUCUUCUUAAUUGCAUUGAAAUACAUUCUGAAAAUUCUUACCUACACAAAAAUUAUGCUCAUAGUGUGUUUAUCAUGAUGGAACUGCUAUUUUUUCUUUCACCGAUUUAA